GUCAAGGCUUUACCACUCCUGCUCUCCUGGGCAUCUCCUCUGGUCCUGGGUCUCGUCUCUUCAUCUGUAACGUGGAGCAGGCUGUAGAGUUGUCGGCCGUUUUCAUGUCGCGGCAGACACACAACGUGCUCUUUUUCAAGGCUUUGCACCCGGGGUGGGACGGUCCGUGGAGCCGGACCCAGGAUGCUCCCGGCGUGUGGAUGACCAGCCGCCCAAGCCCGCACGGCCCAGGCCCGGAUGCCGCGCCCUUGUCUCCUGACCCGGGGACCCCGCCCGUCGCGGGACUGAGCUUCCCGAAGCCGCCGAGCGAGCGGCGACGGCGCAGGGACCCGGGGGAAGGGGCUUGGCGCCGGCGGGAAACAUUUUCCCCCAGCGGCUCGGCAAGAUGACCAGUCUGUUCCGCCGGAGCGCCGGCGGCGGCGGCGGCGGGGGCGGCGGCGGGGGCGGCUCGGCGGCGGCGCGCGGGGCUGGGGGCAGCGCGGCCGCCUCGCAGGAGCUCAACAACAGCCGGCCCGCCCGCCAGGUGCGCCGCCUCGAGUUCAACCAGGCCAUGGACGACUUCAAGACCAUGUUCCCCAACAUGGAUUACGACAUCAUCGAGUGCGUGCUGCGUGCCAACAGCGGCGCCGUGGACGCCACCAUCGACCAGCUGCUGCAGAUGAACCUGGAGGCGGGUGGCGGCAGCGUCUACGAGGACAGCUCGGACUCGGAGGACAGCAUCCCCCCGGAGAUUUUGGAAAGGACCUUGGAACCUGAUAGCUCUGAUGAGGAGCCCCCGCCUGUGUACUCCCCUCCAGCCUACCACAUGCACAUGUUCGACAGGCCUUACCCUCUGGCUCCCCCCACUCCACCUCCCCGCAUCGACGUGCUGGGCUCCGCGCCCCCUUCCGGCCAGAGGCGCUAUCGGAACUGGAACCCCCCACUGCUAGGCAACCUCCCCGAAGACUUUCUCCGCAUCCUGCCCCAGCAGCUGGACGGCAUACAGGCUAACUCCGGGGGCUCCAAGCCUGCGAGCACAGAGGGAGGCCGGCCCCUCACGGCUGGGCCCGGACCCCGGGACCAGGAGAACCGCUGGAAGCAAUACCUGGAGGACGAGAGGAUCGCGCUCUUCCUGCAGAACGAGGAGUUCAUGAAGGAGCUGCAGCGCAACCGCGACUUCCUCCUUGCCCUGGAGAGAGAUCGAUUGAAAUACGAGUCCCAGAAAUCUACAUCCAGCAGCGUAGCUGUGGGAAAUGACUUUGACUUUCCCGCUCCUGUCCCAGCAACCAGCGACAACAACCCCGCUGUGUCUGAAGAUGCCUUAUUCAGGGACAAGUUGAAACACAUGGGAAAAUCCACCCGGAGGAAGCUGUUUGAACUGGCCAGGGCCUUCUCGGAGAAGACCAAGAUGAGGAAGUCAAAGAGGAAACACUUGUUGAAGCAUCAGUCACUGGGGGCUGCGGCAUCGACAGCCAAUCUCCUGGACGACGUGGAGGGCCACACUUGUGACGAAGACUUCCGGGGAAGGCGACAGGAGGUGCCCAAGGUGGAGGAAGCACUAAGGGAAGGACAGUAAGAGAUGCAGCAGUUUCUCCUCGCCGGAGACCAUCUGACCCGGUAGAGGCAGCCAGAGAGCAAACCGGCCCUCCGCUGAAGAGCCCAGCUGCAGCCAGACGGAUGGUGCUUGAGUUCUGAGGCCCACUGGUUCUCCGGCCACAGUCCAGCCCAGCCACUGCCACUGCCACUUCCCAAGGGACUUAGAACUUCGGAGCUGCAUGCUGUGAUUGGAGGAAGGGCCUGAGGGUGGAGGCAACAGCCAACCACAGUCCCUUUUGUAGCCAGGCUGUUCUAUGGGGAACGAGUGGAAAUGUAGGAUCUAACCCCUCUUCUUAAAAAAAAAAAAAAAAAAAAAAAAAAACCACCCAGAAAACUGGCAAAGGUUGGAGUACCCAAAAGGGGAGGAUGAUCCUACCAGAGGCUCGUUGGCCUGAAGGUGGAGCCCCUGCCCCCCUCUUGUCCUGGUCUCUCCUGUCGGGCCAUAGACACUGCCUGAUCCCCUACCCCCGUCCCCAGCUCCCUUCUGGGCACCUAGGGUCCUUUAUUCCCAUGGCCUUCUGCAUCUCAGUCUUUCCCCAGGGGUGCUGGUCCUUGGCACACCCCUGCACAGAGCUCUGGGUGAGAGAGCCCUGGGCAGUCACUCGGCCUGCUCUGAGGAGUGAUGGGCCACCGCAGAGAGGUGUCUGCUGAGUACCCUGCCUGGGCCCCUCGGGCUGCCUCUGUUAGGGGCUGGCAAGGGCCCCCAGCAGGGAUGGGGAGGCUGGCCACCCCGGAGCUGGCGGAUUCUAGCUAGGCAGGGGUAGUCUUUACUCUGACAGAAGACAAAAGUCAGUUCUGGAUGGGAUCCUGUAGUCCCACGACAGUGGCGGGGAGGGGGGGGGCUCCAGGGGCUCUGACUCCCCAGUUGGACUAGAAGUUCUGCUGUCAUUAAGGGUGGGCAGCGGCCAGUUCUGUAGUAACCCUGAGAAGGUGCAGGACUGAGGGGCAAGGGGGAGAGGCUGCCAGCCGGGCCAGAGCCCCUGGGGCAGAAGGGCUUGCUGGGUGCCCCUUGCCAAGAGUGAGAAGGCAAAUGGCCGGGAGGAAAACAAGGGUCCUACGAACCUGACCCGGCACCCACCACUGCCAACGGGAGGGAGGGGCAGCCCGGCUGCUGUGGCCCAGCUGGAGACGGGAAGGCGGCGACCUCGGCGACCUCGGGAGAACCGGGGAACCUGGGCAGGCACGAGGCUGGGGCCCGAGCGGGGAGCCAGCCCAGCGGCACGGCGGUGGGGCGUUGGGAGCAGGCGCCAAGCCUGGCGGGGCUUGGUGGCCGUAAGCCACCUCGAGAUAAUGAGGGCGUGGCGGGCUCCCCGCGGUGCCGGAGGGGGACCCUGGCCCGGCUCAGCAUCCCGAGCGAGUGCUGCCGCCCUCCAAUCCCCACCGCCCCCCAAGGGCCCCUGAUGACCGACCCCCGUCCGUGUGUGUGGCUUUGUCAGUUUUUGUGUUUUUGUUUUUUCUCCUACGUGUGGGUUUUUUCUUGGAGCAGUUUCAUAGGAAUUCGUGUAAUAAAGACUUGGUGUUCUCUUGG